GCUGCCCGCGAUUUCAUUGGCGCAUUUCAAGACUUUUAAAUUCCAAACGGCUGAAAAACAGAGGAGAGAAGGCAAGAGUGAGUCAAAGGGUCGCGUCUCCUCGACCAGACUUGUAGCUCCUCCACUCUCUCUGCCAACUGCGUCCCAAUUUGUUUGAGGAUGAGUUCUGUCGAAGUGAAUGAUGAGAAUCGUGGGUUCUGCCCUGGAGGAAAACACAGCAGCUUAAAUAACGACAUAUUUGCCCUGGAUCAGCCGACUGGCAGGCCCUCGAUCCUGCGUCAGACCGAGAACCUGCCCAGUAAGACUGUGCCAAAGGGGUCGAAGGUUUGUUUUCAGACUCCGAGGAGAGACCCCAUGACCAAGAGAAUUGUGUCUCCAAGUAAGUUGAUGAAGAUGACCAGCGUGGAUGAGUGUACCAAAGCAAUGGAGCCUGUAAAUUUGGAUACAACGUGGGAUUUGCCACAGAAGGACACUGAAGUGUCGUCCUAUCCCGAUGACGACAUGCCAAUACAAAGCAAAGGAGGUUAUCAACUGGAUUUUGACAACCUUGACGAUAUGAAUCCUUUUCAGUGCUCUAAUAAGAUGGUUCUGUCUCCUGCAAGACCACCUGUUAAAAGCCCUCCUGCAGAUCAGAGUGUGCCUCAACACACACCACCAGAGAAUAACGUGGAGGAGCAAACCAACGUGGAAUCAGCCCUGGAUGAGACGCUUCCUUUCACCGCAUCUGUGGAAAAUUCAUUGGUUGACAACUCCACCAACAUCAGCUCCACAGAGAGCAGCGUGGUCACAGUGGUAGCCAUCCCAACCGUCGAAGAGCAAGACUCGCGUACUGCCACGCCUGACAUAGAACCGCACACUCCGACAACAUCAAAUGCCGAGGGAGACAAAGCAUCGGGCAGCUUUGUGGAAGAUGCCCCACUGCCUGCCAAAGGCUUGUACAACUUGGAUUUUGACAACCUUGAUUCAGUUAACUCUUUCCAAUCUGGUGGCCCAAAAAUCCCGAAUUCACCCAUGCCUGAAAAAAAAUUGCGAGACAAUAAUGAACCUGUUGAGGAGCCACAAAUACAGGAAGCCAAGUGUGCAGAUACUGUCCAUGUCCCCGACGCGGUGGCUCAAAAGUUGCCUGUUCAGCCCGAGGCAAAACCAAUAGCCGCAGUGGUGCCAUCCACGACUACAGCCAAGGCUCCAGCUGCCGAAUCCCAGCCAGAUGUUGCCCCAGUCAAGGAAGGUCCAGUCAAGCUCGAGUUCAAUUUCGAUGAUGGAGGUGAGGUUAAACAGAGGCGACCGCCCAAGAAAUUUGGCAAGAGGCCACCGGGCGCAAAAUCUAAAGACGCAAAUCCAGCACCUGCCGUCGAAACACCGAUAGAGACUCUGGCAAAGCCCGAUGCCAGCGACGAAGUCCCCGUGCCCAAAGGCUCGUACUCCUUUGACAUUGACAAAUUUGAUGACCCAAACUUCAAUCCAUUUGGAACGAAAGUAAGCAUGGACAAUUCUCCCAUGUGCAGCAAGAAACCCAGCCCCGUGCGCAUGGAAGCUGCCAUUCCAGAGCAAAUGGAGAAGGAAGCUGUAUCACCAGCAUGUGAUGAACCCAGGCUUGCUGCCCCCGAUCGUGACAUAGGAACUGUGCCAAGUCUUCCCGAAUUUUCCGGAUUGUGUCAACCUGAGCAGAAGUCGGAGGCUGCGCUGUUUGAUUUUACUGACAGUUUUGUUCCUGGAACAGCUUUCAUGGGCAGUGAUUUUGAUGGACAAAUGGACUACCUUGAACAGUUUGGAUCCAGCAAUUUCAAGGAAUCUGCGCUGAGGAAACAAUCCUUGUAUCUUAAAUUCGACCCGCUCCUCAGAGAGAGUCCAAAGAAGUCUGCUGCUGGUCCGACCCACGUCCCUCGUCCUGCUGCCUUUUCCUCACGCCUUGAAGCUCCACAGAUGACAGAAAAAGAGGCAACGCAUAGACCACGCGACUACGAUUUCAAACUGAUCGACGCUGCAGCUCCAACUCCAGUCUUCAAGAACCUCGUCCCUGCUUUCCCACAACUAGCGAACGCGGAAGACUCCAUUAUUGAAGUGCUGAAGUACAGUCAGAAAGACAUGGACGCAAUCGUCGCCAGAGUCCAGGCAGAAGGAAAGGAAAACGAGGAACGAUGGUGUGCAAAGUAUAAAAAUCUACUCGACGACGGUCAAGAAAUGAGGAAAAGGCUGGCAGAAUAUGAGCUUCUGAUGGCAAAAAUGAAGGAUGAUCAGGAGAAGGACAAAGGAGUGGCACAGAUGAGGCUCGAUGAGGCGCUGCUGGAGAAGGAGCAAGUGGCCAGUGACCUGAACUCCAUGGAGAGAUCUUGCUCCGAGCUGUUCAAAAGACUGCAGAAGUACAAGGAUAUGAUCGAGGGCUACAAAAAGAAUGAGGAGAAUCUGAAAGCUGGCGCUCAAAGCUGCAUAGCUCGGAUCCAAAAGGAGGAGCAGCGCUACCAGACCCUCAAAGCCCACGCUGAUGAGAAAAUUGCCUGCGCAAACCAAGAAAUCUCCGCGGUACAGUCCAGGUACAAGGCUGAGGUUUCGGCUCUACAGGCCCAGCUGCGCAGAGAGCAACUGAAGGUGCAGUCACUAGACCAGACUCUGGACCAAAAGGAAAAGGAGGUCGAAGAGCUGACCAAACUUUGUGAUGAACUUAUCACCAAAGUCCAGGGAGUUUAGGCUUGUUUGUAAAUACUCUUGAUUCCUGACUACUUUUUUCCUUGUUUGUCCUGUUCAUGUUCACUAUUUUGUCUUAUUUCAAUGUUCUUAAAAAUACUGUAAAGGCUAAUAAAGAUGAUGAUUUAA